UUAUAAUUUAUUAUUAUAUUAAUUAAUUAAAUAAUUAUUUUAUAGUGUUAUUUAUAAACCAUGAUUGUAAUUGCAAAGAAAAUCGGCAGUUUAUUUUUCAAUAAAAUCGGCAAAAGGCUACCGUUAAAAUCUUCCUUUCGUCAUGGCUCCUACACGAUCCAGCACCAUCAGCACGACUGCGUGGUUAUCGGCGCGGGAGGAGCGGGGCUGCGUGUCUCAAAAGGCCUGGCUGAGAACAAGUUCUCCGUAGCCCUCAUUUCCAAGCUGUUCCCUACCAGGUCGCACACCAUUGCCGCUCAAGGCGGUAUGAACGCCGCUAUCGGAAGUAUGCAUGAUGAUGACUGGAAGUUUCACUUUUACGACACAGUCAAAGGAUCAGAUUGGCUUGGUGAUCAGGAUUCCAUCCACUAUUUGACCCGAGAAGCCCCAGGGUGUGUCAUAGAAUUGGAAAAUAUGGGCAUGCCGUUCUCAAGAACAAAAGAAGGAAAAAUAUACCAAAGGCCGUUUGGUGGUGGAACUAUUAACUUCGGAAAGAGUACUGCCAAGAGGACAUGUGCCGUUGCUGAUCGUACUGGCCAUGCCCUCCUUCACACGCUUUACGGCUAUUGCACGAAAUAUAAGAACAUCGACUUUUUCACCGAGUUCUUUGUGCUUGAUCUAAUAGUGCAGGAUGGUGAGGUAGUGGGAUGCCUUGCCAUAGACAUGGACGACGGAUGCCUCCACAGGUUCCAAGCUAGGAAUACAGUUAUAAGUACUGGAGGCUACCCAAGGAUGUAUUUCUCGUGUACUGCGGCCCACACGUGCACCGGCGACGGGUGUGCGAUGGCGGCGAGAGCAGGUGUUCCACUGCAAGACUUGGAGUUUAUACAGUUUCAUCCAACCGGCAUGUACGGAUCCGGCUGCUUAAUGACGGAAGGUGCCCGCGGAGAAGGCGGCUACCUCGUGAACAGUGAAGGCAAAAGGUUUAUGGAGAAAUACGCGCCCAAAGCUAAAGAUUUGGCCAGUCGUGACGUAGUAUCCAGAUCGAUGGCCACGGAAAUAAGACAAGGACGAGGAGUCGGACCGAAGAAGGAUCACGUGUACCUCCAACUCCACCACCUCAGUCCCGAGUUGAUCAAGGAUAAGCUUCCAGGGAUCUCGGAAUCUGCCUUCACCUUCACUGGCGCAGAUGUGUAUACGCAGCCCGUACCAGUACUGCCCACUGUGCAUUACACUAUGGGCGGCAUACCUAUUAACUACAGAGGAGAGGUUUUAGUUCACCAAGGAGGCAAGGACUGUAUUGUACCUGGACUUUAUGCUUGCGGUGAGGCUGUCAGCAAUGCUCAUGGAGCCAACAGAUUGGGUGCAAACUCACUCUUGGAUAUCGUCGUCUUCGGCAAAUCUAUCGCGGACACCAUCAGCGCCGACUUCAAGCCUGGCCAGAAGCAACCCACUUUGAAGGAUAACCUCUGCGAUGCCACGAUAGAUAAUUUAGAGAAGAUGAGGUGUGCCAAUGGUUGUGCUCCUCCACAUGAACUGAGAGAAGCCAUGAGGCACACAAUGCAGGCCAAGUGUGGAGUCUUCAGAGAUUCCAAACUAUUAGGCGAAGCCGACGUAGAAAUUCAGAAAUGGUUCCAAGCCUUCGCAGACAUCAGGGUAGUGGACAGACGCUUCAAUUGGAACACGGACUUGAUUGAGGUCCUGGAGUUGCAGAACAUGCUGCAGUUAGCUGUUCAGGUCGUGGCGUGCGCUAAGAAUAGAACUGAAAGCAGAGGGGCGCACUUCAGAGACGAUUGUCCGAAGAGGCUGGAUGAGUAUGACUACAGUAAGCCCGUAGAGGGACAGACGAAAAAACCGAUGACAGAACACUGGAGGAAGCACUCACUGUCCGUUGUAGAUCUAUGUACGGGGAAAGUAACGAUCACCUACAGGCCAGUGAUCGACAAGACCAUGGAUGACAGCGAGGUGAAAUGGAUCCCUCCUGUGCCGCGAGUGUAUUAAUUAUAAUAAUUGAUUUAAAGCGUUGCUAAAACGAAAGUCAAAGAAAGCGGCCUGAUAUUAACAUCAAUGGAUCUUGAUAUGGCUAGACAGUGAACUAAUCGUCGGCUGCUCUACUAGUGAUUCGAACAUUCGGUAUCAGCCUCCCCCACGGUGGCUUCAUUAAAUCUGUGUUUAAUCCGUCUUUCGUAAGAACCUGUAAAAACUGAAAAUAAUGUUAUACGGGUUCAAAUUUGACGAGAGAAUGAAGUUUUGUCAAGCGACUACCACUUUAUUUAACUUUACUACAUCCUUCACCCAUCUUAGCGUAGCUGACGCUUGGUUCACACCAAUCAUUCAAGGUCUAUUGAAAAACAUAGCUACAGUUUGGUGUAAAAACACUAUCUAUUUAAAAUGCAACGCUACCUCCCGGACUAAGAGUGAAUUGUUAGGUACUAUACGUUUAUUUAUUUAUAAAGAUUCUCAUAUUGUAGAAUAAAUAUUGGCUUUUUUCUA